ACCCUGAGCUGUGUGAACCCAGAGAGUGAGAACAGUCCAGAGAUCCCGGUGAAGGUGUUGAACUGUGACAGCCUCACCCAGGUGAAGGAGAAGAUCCUGGACGCCAUCUAUAAGAACAUGCCCUACUCCCAGAGGCCCCUGGUUGGGGACAUGGACCUAGAGUGGCGACAGGGGAGGACGGCCCGCGUGGUCCUCCAAGACGAGGACAUCACCACCAAGAUCGAGAGCGACUGGAAGAGACUCAACACGCUCAUGCACUACCAGGUGUCAGAGCGUUGUGUGGUGGCGUUGGUUCCUAAACAGAUGUCCUCCUACAACCUCCCCAUCUCUGCCAGCUUCCCACGAAGCAUCAGCAAAUACGGCGUGGACCCCUUCAGAUCGACGCCCACCAGCCCCGACAGCCCCCACUCGCGCGUGCCCAUGCUGACCCCCGACAUGGAGAGCGGGGUGAAAGUGUGGCACCUGGUGAAGAACCACGACCACGGCGACCAGAAGGAGGGCGAGCGAGGCAGCAAGAUGGUGUCGGAGAUCUACCUGACCCGCCUGCUGGCCACCAAGGGGACGCUGCAGAAGUUUGUGGACGACCUGUUCGAGACCCUGUUCAGCACGACGUGCCGUGGCACGGCCCUGCCGCUCGCCAUCAAGUACAUGUUUGACUUCCUGGACGAGCAGGCCGACAAACACAACAUCCACGACAUGGACGUGAGGCACACCUGGAAGAGCAACUGUCUCCCUCUGCGGUUCUGGGUGAACGUGAUCAAGAACCCCCAGUUCGUGUUUGACAUCCACAAGAGCAGCAUCACGGACGCCUGCCUCUCGGUGGUGGCCCAGACCUUCAUGGACUCCUGCUCCACCUCUGAGCACCGCCUGGGCAAGGACUCGCCCUCCACCAAGCUGCUCUACGCCAAGGACAUCCCCCACUACAAGAACUGGGUGGAGCGCUACUACGCGGACAUCAGCCGGCUGCCGGCCAUCAGCGACCAGGACAUGAACGCCUACCUGGCGGAGCAGGCGCGCCUCCACUCCCAGGAGUUCAACGUGCUCAGCGCCCUCCACGAGAUCUACGCCUACAUCAGCAAGUACAGCCAGGAGAUCACGGAAGCAUUGGAGCAGGAUGAACAGGCCCAGAAGCAGAAGUUGGCAUACAAGUUGGAACAGAUCAUCAUUGCUAUGUCUUCGGAGAGCUGAGACACAAACAAACACAAACACACACACACACACACGGUAAUGUGUGCAAAGACAAUGUAAAGACUCUAUGGACCUAAUACUACGCCCACAAACACACAUCCAUACAACACAACGACACACACUCCCAGAGAAUAUACAACUACACACAAACACUAUACUGACGUGCAGGUCGACCGCACACACUAAACCACACGCACACUGUCAUCGUAUCGUUUUUUUUGCAACUUUAUUGAACAACCUGCAUCGGGCGGAUGUCCAACCCCCGACGUCUGCACUGCUUCUUUGGG